AUGGUAACUAUCGACAUCAAAGCACUUGCACACGCAUGCGGGACGUCUGGACAACAUAUCAAGAGAAGCGCUUUACCUGCUCCGAAAAAAGGUCUCGCCUUGCUCAGGAAAAGAUGGCUCGAGUUUGCGACAGAGGUCGGGCUUGAAGACGUUGACGAGUCUAUGCCUUUCUCCACCGCCCCAGCCGUCGCACAGAUCUUCGCCUUCCUUACGUGGAGACUUCGUAACAGCCACGGCCUGCUUGCACCCAGAUUGCAUGUAACCACUCUAGAGAAGGAGUGGAGUCAACUGAAAGGCGGUGUCCGCCAAUCAUGCGAUCAUCAGUAUUCCAAACGCGAGCAGACUGAAGUGCGAAGAUUCAUCCACCAUACCCUGAGAAUAGAGGAGAACGCUUCUACGAUCUCGCAGAAGAAAGCGCUUGCAAGCAAAGGGGUCGUCACCGAUAUCAUCAAUUUUCUCUGGGCUUUCGACGAACCUGGCGAGAUGGUCGAGUCUUCGCAACAUUUUGGUACCAACGAAGGCAUUUUAUACAAAGACCUUACCAUAUACAAAGUGCCCCGAGGGUCGGCAUCGAUAUUCGCCAUCUUGGCCAAACUGCGAAACCGAAAGUUCAACCGCGGUUUGCAGCAUAGAGACACAGAGCUUCCGCUCAUUGAAGAUGUCGAUAAUCGCGCUCUGUGUCCGGUCCUCCAGCUUCUAUCUCUUGCCAUCGCUGAUGCAGCACUCCAGGGGGUCGGUGGAGUUGACGACCUCGAGCGGAUUCGAUAUCGCUCUGGCUGCCCAGUGCGGCAAAUACUCAUCCGGGAAGAGAGGGCUGAAAUGCCAGUCAUGCGGAAGCUGAUACCGGGCGGCAGUCGACAUAUUUCAGACUCUGAGAUCCUUUCUGUAGGUUCGCUUCACAAUAUGCUACGGGCAGUAGGAGAAAGAGCAGGAUAUCAAGAUCCUUUGAAGGCCUACAAUUUCCGCAGAAUGCACGGAAACAUGCUGGACAGUGAGUUUAUUGUGAAUAUCCGCUACACACGUAUCAAUUUCGGUUACGAAACAGCAGAACAUGUCUCCGCAGCUCGAAGGAGUAAGCAUUUUGGACACCGAAGUGAACGCUCAUUCUUGUCGUAUAUCUCAGACAUCUCCGAUGUGCAUAUGCAGGCGCACUUCAAUGAAGAAUCUCCUGAAGACCAGACGAUUGGCCUGUUGCAGUCUAUGGAACGGAACCUGGACACUGGCGCACAGCAGCCACCUGGAUCACAACUCACCGAUGUGCCUGUUGCAACCUUCACUGCCGAGGGGCAAGUGCAAUAUCCAGGCUUAGAGGAGCACCUAUCUGCGUUUCGAAGUGCAAAGAAAUUGCGGAUUGAUACACCGCCACUGUUCGAUGGCGCACGACAAAUGGAAGAAGCGAACGAUGCGAUUUUUACGCAAGGACACGAAAUAGCAAAGGCUGGAUCAAGUGAUAUAGCUCCGGCAGAAGCGGGCAGGGACACCUCAGCUGAAGGAAGAGAAACAAAAGCCAUUGAAUUCAACCACUGUUUUCUGUGUUUCGACACUCAAGAAGGAGGUUACUAUGUCGAAAAGGUGGAUCUUGAAUGGCCCGGAAAAGUUGUCUAUGAGUGGUCGUACAAGAAAACAAAGAAGGGAUCUAGGAGGCCUACCCCAAAGCCCAUGUUCAAGGAGCAAGGGAGUCCAAAAGAAGAUUUCGAAAGGAUCCAGGCAGCAAUCUACAAGAACAAAGGAUGGUGGUCCAGAUACUUAUGGUGCUACGAACUUGAAGUGAAGGAGAUCAAAUUUCACUUCAAAGCUCUACUUCGCAAUAAGAUGUGCGUCAAUAUUAAGCACUGGUUAGACCCUGAAGCGAUCAGGGAAAAAAACUCCAAUGAUAGGGAGAAUCUCCGUUAUGUCGAGUGUCAUUCUAACUACCACGACUCCAACUGUCCUGAAGCAAUGCGCCAAGCCGACAUUCCGGUUUUUGAUGAGCCGGCUUGUCUACAAGACCAGUACGAGAACGCGGGGAGGAGACUGAUCGGUUUCGAGAAACGGGAUUUGCUUAAAGAAUGCAUCGAGAAUCCCGAACAGACCGAAGCUGAAGAGAUCCUAAGAUAUGGGCUGCUCCAAAAGAGUUUCGUAUACCGAGAAGAUGAAGCAGAGUGGUUGCGAGAUCAAUACAAUGAUAAGCCUCCACCUUCAGGUUGGGAAUUGUUGAGACGCUGCAUCCCAAGAAUAGUCCAUUUCAAGGCCAAAGACUACAACAGUCUCAAGAAAGACCCAACGUCAAAGGAUGCCAAUCACUCAGAGGCGAACGACUCGCCCAGACUAACAAGGAUUGACUCGCUUAUCGAAUACCGCGGGAUAUAUGUCAAAAUGAGAUGGAAUGUGCCGCGCAUGAUCCGCAGCAUCAAGGCCGGCUUUCUUUGGUGUCUGUCCGCAUUCACGAUCACUUGGAUUGGGGUACUGGUAUGGGGUAGGCAUGGCGAUUGGAGCACCGCGUUCACAUUUGGCUCGCUUCUUGUUGCGGUCCUCGCCUUGCCCCUUCCACUGAUCAUCCUAUACACUACAUAG